AUGCACGAGACUUUGCAGCCGUUUGUAUUGACGAAGGCCAUCAGCUCUUGGCCGGCUUCCAAGUGGACUCCAGAUAAUUUGUCGGAACGUUUUGGCAACAAAUUGUUCAAAAUUCGACUGGGGCCUCUAAUUACAGAACCUGGAUCCAUCACAUGGGAAACUUCGAGUAGUUAUGCCGAAGUUACCCUCGCUAACUUCGUUCACUGGGUAGAAGGGAACGUUGCGGAAAGUGGUCAGUUGGCAAAUUUCAAGAAAUCUAAAUAUUGGGGCUAUAUUGAUUAUAAGUACAUGUUUGAAUGGUUCGACGCCGAUGAGCUGAGUGAAGUAGACUGGAGCUUGUUUGGUAUCGAAAAUGACGGUCUACAGAGCACGUUCUGGAUCGGCAGUGCCGGAGCACAUACUCCGUGCCACUAUGACUCUUACGGAUUCAAUUUGCAUGCUCAGAUAUAUGGCAAUAAACGAUGGGUGCUGGUUCCUCCGGAAGAUAGUCAGUUGAUGAGGCCGACGCGACUGCCAUAUGAAGAGUCGAGCAUUUUCAGUGCACUUGAUAUACGGCAUCCGCCGGCGGUGCUGAAGAAAGUUUCGACUAAAGCUGUGCUUUUGAACCCCGGCGACGUGUUGUGUGUUCCUCCUCGAUGGUGGCACUUCGUACAAUGUGACAACACAAGCAUCUCAGUCAACAGCUGGAUUGACAUCGAUUCUGAUUUGGACUUCAAAGUCACUGAGGCCGCUACCCGUGUUCUUGUUGCGAUCAUGUCUGAUCAUAUAUCCAGCAAACUAAUCGAUAAAAGUUUAAGUCUCGACCAGGAUUUGGAGGUAUUCAGUGAUGUAAUCGCUUUGUAUAGUACAAGAGCGAAAAGCCCUAACCCCUUGAAGAAGGAUUUGCUGCUGAAAUUCUGGGAUGAACAUGCGUCCUCCAGCGCAGUGGUUCCUAACGUGUCUUAUGCUCAACUAUGUGAAUUUUUGAGCUGCGAACAAAUGGAGGAAGUGAAUGAGAACGAAGGGCCGAAGACAUACGGUAAAGAAGAUGUCAUAUCGGCCAUUUUGCAGCCUGAUGUGGUGACCAGCAUUUGUAAGCAUCUUUUAAAGAACAGUAAGUAA